GGCGGAAGGAGUCCGCAGCCUUACAGGAAGACGGUGAUUUCGAAAGUUAUUGUUGUUCCUUUUCAAGAGCGCCGUGCUGCUACAUUGCUCUGUCCUGGAAAACUAAUUAAUCUAACUUUUUGAAGCGACCGGCUUCUGAAAACCACAACAAUGAUUAUUUAAUCAUUAUAAGACACGCAGUAUAUUGACAUUUCAUGUGAACAAGGCAGCCUGUUGAUGCUUCAGUCACGGGUUGUUUUUAGCCUGGACUCAUGUUUCACCACUUAACCCCGUUAAAUUACUUAACUGGAAUAUUAUUGAGGGAAACCACUGGCCACUCUUGGGACUAAAUAGUUGGGGUUUUUUAUGUUUUCUUGGAGGAGCCCUCCCUUCUUUUCUUCUGACAGCUGCAGAUAAAUUCAGAGAGGAGAGAUGGCCAUCGCUCACGUUGCUACAGAGUAUGUGUUCAGCGACUUUCGGCUGAAGGAGCCAAACCAGGCUCGGUACCAGAACAUCCGAACGGAGCUGGCCGCAGACAAGAUGGUGACCUGCGUGGCUGUGGGGCUGCCCCUCCUCUUCAUCUCCCUGGCCUUCGCUCAGGAGGUCUCAGUUGGUACUCAGAUAAGUUGUUUUUCUCCCACCAACUUCUCCUGGAAACAGGCAGGUUAUGUGGAUUCGUACUGCUGGGCGGCUGUUCACAAUUACUCUCUGGUUCUGGGGCUGCACAAGUUCUUCCCCUACAUCCUGCUGCUGGUGGCGGUGCUGAUGUACUCCCCCGCCUUGUUCUGGAGGUUUUCCGCAGCGCCGCUCCUGCAGUCGGACCUCGCCUUCAUCAUGGAGGAGCUGGAUCGGUGCUACAACCGCGCCGUCACUCUGGCCAAACGCUUGGCGACCUCCGGACUGCAGACCUCAGACAGCGACCUCACGGAGGGUUGCUUCAACUACCCGCUGGUGGAGAAGUUCCUGAUGACCAAGCGCCGCUCCCGGGUGCUGCUGUCCUACUACCUGCUGUGCCGCGGCCUGACUCUGGUCACGCUGCUCUGUGCCUGCCUCUACCUGGGCUACUACCUCCACCUGGCCUCCAUCAUUGACCAGUUCGACUGCCUGCUGCGGGUCGGCCUGCUCGUCAACGACACCAGCAUCCCAGAGAGGGUUCAGUGUAAGCUCAUCGCUGUGGGAGUCUUCUCUCUGCUCAGUGCUGUCAACCUGGCCAUGUUCAUCGCUCUCAUCCCGGUGGUGAUAUACGCCAGCCUCCGCCCGCUCUUCUGCCAGGGAUACGCCCUCUUCCUGGAGACCUACCAGUCGCUUCCCACCGUGAGCGUCCUGCCCGCUCCCGGCGGCCAAUGGGACGACCUCUCUCUGUACCUGCUCUACCUGGAGGAGAACCUUAGCGAGCUGAAGUCAUACAAGUACAUGAAGGUGUUGGAGAUGUUGAAGAAGCGAGGCGAGUGUGCCGGAGAAAACUUUGACACCGUGGGGCUGCUGCAGACGCUCUGCCUGGUGAAGAUGGACACUGUGGAUGGGAAGAAAGCCCCGGAACCUGAAGCCAAACCGGACGGAGGUUUGGCUUCAGGAUCCGGACCUGUCGCCAACGACAACGAACCUGCAAAAAACAAUGUCAGCCGACCGAACAACACCAAGACGGAAACGGAGAUGCAAGAGCUCCGUCCAUUGCUGCCAGGAAUCGAUGAGACAGGAAGCAAAACUGGAGAGGGCGGGACUCUUCGUCAGCGAGUGAUGUGAUUGGCUGGAGCUCUUUACUCUGAUGGAUCUACAAAGACGCUCUGAAUGUCUGGAUUCACCAACACGGAGCUGACUUUACUUUUUCUUUAAUUCUUGAACACACUUGAAACUGAAACAAACAAAAAAGGACAAACUUGUUUGCUUUGAUUUCAUGAUUUCACUGUUUUCUUAAACUUUGAUUGUAUUUCAGAUGUAGUGGGUUAAAAAAAAGAAAAUCACUACAAAACCAAAAAUGACUCCAGCUUUUCCCCUCGAUCGAGCCGACGUCGGAGGGGCUGCACUGACAGCAGAGCUGCAGAAUGUUGCUUGAAAUGAAAUCAUCUCAGUCCGAGUUGAACAGUUUACAGACUCCUUUUGUGAGGACAGCUGCUGCGCCUGAAUACGAUUAUUAUUCAGGCUUCAUCCGAGUUAUUGUUUGAAUCUGUACUGCAGAUUUAAUCUCUCAUUACAAAUUUGAGGCUUCGAUUGCAUCAUCUCACCUCUAAUGCCGGUGUUACUAAUUUCCCUGAGGAGAAACUGAAUGUAAAAUCUGCUCACUGGAUUUUCUGUUAAAUGGUACAAAAACAGAAAAAAACUGAACAUGCUUGAUGCAUCUAUGUCUGUUUGGGAUCGCUUAGUUUUCAUGAGAUGGUCGAUCACAUUUCAGGAUACUUUAAUAUAGGAAUUGCACAAUGUUUGUUUUAUGCUUUUUUUCCCAGGUUUUUAAUGCUCAUGACUUUCAAAAGAAUAAUUUCAAUCUCUACGUUGAUUUUUCCUGCUGAAGUAGUGGAUAGUUUUCUCAAAUUUUAUAUUAUUAUUUUAGAGGUACAGCUGCAUGAAGCUUUUGUAUUAGGGAGAGAUUUUCCAGUUCAACAAGGUACAGUCUGUUCAUUUUUAUCUCAUUUUAAUUUUGUCGUCUCAGGAACAAACAUCUGACUUCAGUUUUUACUUUAUAUCGAGUCCGUUUUGCUCACGAAAUGGCUUUAAUAUCCAGUGUUUUCUUCUUGAUAACGUUUUUGUUGAAAAUUGUUUUCUGGCUGAUGUUGACAGUGUUUUUGUGAAGAGGGGUAGUUGUAGCGUUUUGUAGUAUUAAAGCAGAACUUUGGUGUUUUUAUUUUGUGAUGAAUAAAGAUGGAAUCCUGUUCUUACAGCUGAA